GCGCACAAGUCCCCUAUCUCGCACACACACCCCAGACCAACAGCCCCACCAUGUCGUCGCUCAAGCUGUACGCCAACCUCAUCAGCCAGCCGAGCCGCGCCGCCGAGUGGGCGCUGCGCCUCAAGAAGCAGGAGCACGAGUUCGUGGCCAUGGACUUCGGCAGCGCGGCCUUCUCGUCGCCCGAGUUCCUGGCGCUCAACCCGAACGGCUUCAUCCCCGUGCUGCAGGACGGCGACUUCUCGCUCUUCGAGGGCAACGCCAUCCUCGUGUACCUGGCCGAGAAGCUCGGCUGGACCGACCUGUACCCGGCAGACGCGCGGGCCCACGCCAAGGUGAACCAGUACCUGCACUGGCACCACACGAACGCGCGCCUCAUCACGCCCAAGGUGCUGGUGCCGCUCAUGCACACCAAGCAGAACGCGGCCACGCCCGAGGAGGCCGUGCUGGUCAAGGACACGCCCGCGCUGCUCACCAAGCUCGCGGAGCUGCUCGAGAAGUUCCUGGUCAAGGACUUCGUGGCCGAGACGGACCACGCCACGGUGGCUGACAUCGCCGCGUACUGCGAGUUCGUGCAGAUCGAGCUCAUGGGCAUCUUCGACUUCUCCAAGUACCCCAAGGUCUCGGCCUGGCUGCAGCGCAUGAAGGCCGUGCCGCUCCACGACGAGAUCCACGAGCCGCUCGACCAGUUCCUCUCCAGCCUCGGUCUCAAGACCAAGGCCAACCCGUAAGCACUCACAGCCCAGAUCAAUUGUCCUUGUAGCAGCUUGAAGCAUUUGACUCGCUGCAGCGGGAGUGCUGUUAACUCUUCAAUACAUUCAAACAUUUGAUAGUGGUUCUUAUG